UUACCUCCACAGGCUCUGGACUAAACUGGGUCUGAAUCAAGAUAAAAACCAGAGCUAUUUGUGAUAGCUCCAAGACAGAAACUGUUUUAAACCAGGACUAAACCAGGACUCAACCCGGUCCCGAAGAGCCAUGAUGCAGUGGUCCAAGCUGGGACGAGUUCUGCUGCAAAAACAGGUCCAGAUCCGGUCCGGGUUCUGCUCCUGGGCCCAGUCCUCAGACCGGGCCCUGUACGAGUUCCGGGUCUAUGACGUCCAGCCGCACCUGUACACGCGCUUCCUCCAGUUGACCAAUCAGAAGAUCCACCUGAGGACCGCCCACUCCCAGCUCAUCGGGUACUGGAGCGUCGAGUACGGAGCCCUAAACCAGGUCUUCCACAUCUGGAGAUACGAAAGUUACUGUCAGCGUGCGGCGGUGAGGUCGUCGCUGGCGCAGGAUCCUGAUUGGCUGGAGCAGUACAUCUCCAAGGCCAUCCCCAUGCUCACCAAACAGACCAACGAGGUGGCCCGCCUUUUACCCUGGCAAACGAUGCAGGCCCCACCCUCAGAGGGGGGCGUGUUCGAGCUGCAGCGUUUCCACAUGAGGCCUGAGGGGUGGGGCCUCUGUGAGCAGGGCCUGAAGGACUACAUACAAUCCCAGAAUGCACCUGGCCUCGGAAAAGCCAUCGGAGCCUUCAGCAACGACGUCGGACAGAGCCACACCGUCCAGGUUCUGUGGUGGUACCAGAGUCCGGAUCAGUGGGCCGAGACCAGAGACCAACGGGAAUCAGCUCGGGACAAAGUGAAACAUGUGGAUUCUGUUACAAACAAACUGUUGUUCCCUCUGCCCUUCUCGCCGACCAAAUAAACCAGGACAAAUCCAGACUGUCGGCAUCAGUGAAUCCGUUACAAAACACUUUAUUUAAACACACCGAGCAGUAAAAUAUAAUCAUAUAAACCUCAAAAAAGCCUCAGUGCAAAUCAAGAGGCAGAGUUCCACUGUCAAGACAGAGUGAGGAGAGUAACAAUCCUCAGUACAAAAGUGUCUCUGUGUCCUGCAACAUCCCAGGAGUGUUCAGUGAGAGACAGUUAAGUUUAGUCCUAGUUUAGACCUGGUUUAGACUUGGUUUAGUCCUAGUUUAGAUCUAGCUACACUGAAUGGAGUACCAAGACUGAACAAGGGCUGAACCAGGGCUGAACCAGGACUAAACCAAGACUGAACCAGGAAUAAACCAGGACUGAACCAGAACUAAACCAGGACUGACCCAGGACUGAACCAGAACUAAACCGGGAUUGACCCAGGACUGAACCAGAACAAAACCAGGGCUAAACUAGGACUAAAUCAGGACUAAACCAGGACUGAAACAGGACUAAACUGGGACUGAACCAUAACUAAACCAGGGCUAAACCAAGGCUAAACCAGGACUAAAUCAGGAUUGAACUAGGACUGAACCAGGGCUGAACCAGGACUCAACCAGGAGUAAACAAAGACUAAAACAGGACUGAACAAGGACUAAAGAAGGACUAAACCAGGACUGAACCAGGACUGAACGAAGACUGAACCAGGACUAAACAAAGCCUAAACCAGGACUGAACCAGGGCUAAACCAAGGCUAAACCAGGACUAAACCAGGACUAAACCAGGACUAAAACAGGACUGAACCAGGAGUAAACCAGGACUAAACCAGGACAAAACCAGGAUUGAAUGAGGACUAAACCAGAACUGAGCCAGGAAUAAACCAGGAGUAAACAAGGACUAAACCAGGACUAAAACAGGACUGAACCAGGAGUAAACCAGGACAAAACCAGGAUUGAAUGAGGACUAAACCAGGACUGAGCCAGGAAUAAACCAGGAGUAAACAAGGACUAAACCAGGACUGAACCAGGACCAAACCAGGACCAGUGGUUCUGAAGUGCUGCAUGUUUGCAAGUUUUCACCCUGAAAAAACCCACAAUGUCGACGAAACUUUCUGCACCGACAAAGUCUCCUGUGGUCGCACCCAAAAGACAGAGGAAGAUGCAAACCAUCGCACAAAAAGAUGGACUUCUGGACACCCUGACGGAAUGUAGAAGUUACGGCUCGACAACGGGAUAAAUUAAUCUUCGGUUCGUUACAUAAAGGAGGAGGAAAUGCAGCGAUAAGUUUUAAGAAGGAUGCAAAAAAGGGGUUGUAACUGUCCUGCCUGAGAAAACCCGUAUAAAGUGUGUGGUGACGGGUCUUACAGCCUUAAAACAGAUAUA